AGCCAGAAAACAUCUCAUUUUCCCUGAUUGUCAAACCCAGUUUCUAGACGAAAAAGAUUUGGUUUUUCUUUCUAUCUUAUAUUGACGAUUCAUCCAUGGAUACUGCUCAAUGGCCACAGGAGAUUGUGGUGAGACCAAUAGAAGAGAUAGUGACGAAUACAUGUCCAAAACCAGCAGGUUUGGAGAGGAAAAUAAGGCCUCAAAAGGAACAAGCUUUGAACUGUCCGAGGUGCAACUCGACCAAGACCAAAUUCUGCUAUUACAACAACUACAGUCUCACUCAACCUAGGUACUUUUGCAAGACUUGUCGGAGGUACUGGACCGAAGGCGGUUCGCUUAGAAACAUCCCCGUUGGCGGUGGUUCCAGAAAGAACAAGAGACCAUCAUCUUCUUCUUCUUCUUCUUUACCAUCAUCCAAAAACCCUAAGAUCCAUGACGGGAAAGAUCUCAACCUAGCUUUCCCUGUUGCAGCUACUCAAGGCUAUAGGAAUAUAUCUGAAUUGGUUCAGGUUCCAAAUGGUUUAGAAAACAAUAAUAAUAAGAACCAGAUUCAUGGUUCUUCUUCUUCUUCAUCCCCGACUACUUCUCAACUUUCGGCUAUGGAGUUGCUAACUGGAAUCUCUUCCAGGGGGAUGAACUCUUUCAUUCCCUUUCCGGUUUCAGAUCCGAACACAGUUUAUGCAUCCGGUUUUCCCAUGCAAAACUUUAAACCAACGCUUUUCUCCCUGGACGGGCUUGGAACCGCCGGCUACGGUGGUCUCCAGGGGGUUCAGGAGACAAGCGGGAGGCUUUUGUUUCCGUUUGAGGAUCUAAAGCAAGUCUCAAACACUACUGACAUGGAGAAACAGAAAGAGCAAGGUGAUUCAGCUGGUUAUUGGACUGGAAUGUUAGGUGGAGGAUCAUGGUAAAGAAGACGAAAUGUAAUUAAUGGUCUUUCUUCUUUCAUUUUACUGGGUUUUCUUUCUUUUUU